AUGAAAAACAAGAAGCCUAAGAUUAACUGCAAAAUAAGAGUUAGAGGAAAGGUACAAGUAAGGCCUUCGUGCGAAUGCCCCAUCAGGUUUUAUCAAAGACCGGAAUUCGUUCAGGUUAGGAUAAAAAACGAUGUCUCGAUAAAAGAGAGUCUCACAGGAGCUAUAACCAAAGACCGUCGGUUUGAAGAUGCGAGCAAUCAAUUCACUGAAUUAGCCAAAACAACGGAAAAGUUUCAUAACGAUGUUAUUAAAUUUCGGGAUUCCAUGUCAAAUAUGAUAAAUCAUCAAACAAACGUUUCUGAUCUAUUGCUCGAAUUAUACAAUCCUAUUCAAGGGGAUGGCCCGUCCGAGGGGGGAGUUACCCGUCGAGUGAAAACACCCGCUCGAUCCAUGAAGGCUGUCGAAAUAUAUGCGGAGAUAAUGUCUGAAAUUAGAGAUUUGAUAUUACCAGAAUUGGAUGAUAUCGAUCAGAAGAUUGUUGAACCGGCCGUAGAAUUUAUGAAGAUUAUCAAGGCAAUUAAGAAGGUGAUUACCAAGCGCGAUCACAAAAAGGUGGAUUACGAUCGAUAUAAUCUUAGUUUGAAGAAGCUCCAAGAUAAAAAAGAUAGGUCGUUAAAUGAUGAAAAACAAAUGUUCAAGUUGGAGGAACAAUUUGAUCAAGCAACACAAGAAUAUGAGUAUUACAAUGAUCUUCUGAAAAAAGAACUUCCACUUUUCUUCGAAUUUAGAGUUGAAUUUAUCGAGCCUAUAGCCGAAAGUUUUUAUCAUAUACAACUAAAGAUUUUCGGUAUCUUAUUAGAACGAUUUGAACAGUUGGUGGAAAUAGGAUACUUCGAUACCGAGACGGAUAUAGUAAGAGGCUUUGAAAGUAGAAGAGAAGAAGCCACUAAUAUGUUAGAUGAGUUGACCAUCAUUGAUCGACGAAAACGCGAUACCAGUUCAAUUCGUUCGCGCUCUCCCAAUUACCGAACAUCAUCUUCCAGAAGAGAUUAUGAAGAAGAAUGUGAAGAUGAAGAUUAUGAUGUUCCUCCUCCUGAAUAUACACCGGUGACUAUUCCAAGGCCGAAAAGGGAGCCUCCCGAAUAUAACCCAAGAUCAAAAAAGGAAUCUCCAGAAUUAAGUCAUAAACCUGUGGUGACAAGUCCCAAGCCAAAGAAGCCGCCACCUCCACCGAUAGCCCCCAAACCAAAACUUGCGCAUUAUGUGAUUGCCUUGUAUGACUACGACGCACAAGCCGAGGGGGACUUGUCUUUUCGAAAAGAUGACAAAAUAGAGGUGAUCGAACGAACUCCCGAUGUCAAUGAUUGGUGGAAAGGAAAGUUAAAGGGGAAGAUUGGCAUGUUUCCUGUAGAGUUCGCCGCCAAAGACCAUUAUACAACAUGUCGUCACGUUAAGUGUCCACCAAAUAAAUGUUGUAGGGACAUGGCCCGAAUAAUAAGUGGUCAUCAGAAAGUGAAAGAAAUGAAGCGUCAAGCUAAAGUCGAGGACGAGUCUUGCACGCUGGACGAUUCGUACAAGGAGGUAGAUUCUGGUAAAGAUUAUAAGAAUGGGAAUGAUAAGUAA